AUGAACUUCAUUCUCAGCUUGUUCGCUUUGGUGGCCACAAGUGAGGUUGCAUUGUCAGCUUCAGCUAAAUAUGAACCUGUCGCUCAACCCAGAAUAGUGGGUGGGCAUGAAGCAAAGCCCUACAGCCAUCCCUACUUGGUGUCUCUUCAAUUACGGUUCCUAUGGCUUCGUGGUCACAUUUGUGGUGGAAGCAUCAUUAAUGAGAACUGGGUGUUAACGGCUGCCCACUGCAUUCAAGAUACAUGGCUAACAAGAUGGCUGCCCAUGGACGCUAUCGCUGGUGCUCAUGACGUCGAUAACUUUGGAGCAAAAGCGCAAGUCAAUCAAAUUGCUAGACGGGUAGCACAUCCUCAAUACCAGGGAGGUAUCGGUCCAUACGACAUAGCUAUGCUAAGAACGGUGUCACCAUUCUACUUCACAAAAGAAAUACAACCAAUACGUCUUCCUCAAGACAGCAAAAUCAUCAGUGACUCACUACAGUUGGCUGGAUGGGGAGCGUUAAGGACGACGUCCUUUAUACCAGAUCUCCCGAGCCGACUGCAGGAAGUACAGGUCAAAUACAUACCUUACGAUGAAUGCUACAGGUCCCUUGAGCAAGUUCUAGAAGAUGGCGAAAGCAAUCCUCUAGAUAGAAACGCCCACAUUUGUACCGGACCCCUAUCCGGUGGUAUUGCUGCUUGCAGUGGAGAUUCAGGAGGUCCUUUGAUAGAAAUGGUACCAGAAUCUAACUUGGUAGAUGAAUCGGAAGCCUACGAUGAUAACUUCGAAGAUACGAUAAAAAGAGCCAAAGAUACUGAUGAAAAUGUACCAGUAAUUCUAGGUAUAGUUUCUUGGGGAAUAGCUCCUUGCGGAAUUAAAGGUGGUCCAACUGUAUACACUAAAGUUUCCGAAUAUUUAGAUUUCGUUAAGCAAAACAUGGCUUCUUAA